AUGUCCGCCCCCGUCGACAGUGUCACCGCCCAGAUGGCCAACACCUCCCUUGACAACGCUCCUUCCACGGAGAACACCAGCGCGCAGCAGACCACGGCAGCCGAUGACGAGGCCGUCCGUGCCAGCGCCGCUGAGGGCAGGCGACUUUAUAUUGGAAACCUCGCGUACGCGACCACCGAGGGGGAGUUGAAGGAUUUCUUCAAGGACUACCUGGUCGAGUCCACGACCAUCCCCACCAACCCCCGCACCUCGCGCCCUGUUGGCUACGCCUUUGUUGCCCUGUCCACGCCCUCUGAGGCUGAGCGGGCCAUCGCCGAGCUCAACGGCAAGGCCAUCCUCGAGCGCAAGGUGUCCAUCCAGCUUGCCCGCACUCCCGAGGCCCACACCGAGGGCACUGGCAGCGGUGCUGAGGGUGCCAACGGCUCUGAGAACCGCCGCCGUGGCUCCACCCGGGGCCGUGGUCGCGGUCGUGGCCGUGGCGGUCGCGGCGGCCGUGGUGGCCGUGCUGCUGAGGGCGCUGAGGGUGCCGAGCAGAUCGAGCUCACCAACGAGUCCCCCGCGGACAGCACUCCCACAAAUGUACCUGGCCAAACUGUCGGCUUGACCGAGACAACGAACGAAGCGCUUACAUCCAAGAAGACAUCCGCGCCCCGCGAGCGUGCUGAGCGCAAGCAGCGUGGUCCCCCUGAGGAUGGCGUUCCGUCCAAGACCAAGGUCAUGGUUGCGAACCUGCCCUACGACCUGAAGGAGGACAGGCUCCUUGAGAUCUUCAAGGACUACUCGCCCACCCAGGCCAAGAUUGCCCUCCGCCCUAUCCCCCGCUUCAUGGUCAAGAAGCUCCAGGCUCGCGGUGAGCCCCGCAAGGGCCGUGGCUUCGGUUUCGUCACACUCGGUUCCGAGGAGCUCCAGCAGAAGGCCUGCGAAGAGAUGAACGGCAAGGAGAUCGAGGGCCGCGAGAUCGCUGUCAAGGUUGCGAUCGACUCCCCCGGCAAGGAGGACGACCACACAGAGGCCCCUGCCGAUGGCGAGGCCGCUGCCACUACUACCGAUGCUGCUGCCCCCACCGAGUCCGCCGAGAAGCCAGCCGAGCCCGCUGCUGAUGCCCCGACUGCCGCUUAG